AUGUCAACCACAGAAGAAAAGCCCACCACCUCAGAACCGCGCAAAACGCCCAUCGAAGCCCCCACACCAGAAAGCAAGCCGGAGCCCCGUCCGGAACUCACCCCAGACCAGCAAACCAAAUACACCACACUCCUAGAGAAGGCCAAGUCCUUCACCGACAUAAAAUGCACCACCACCAACAAGGACAAAGACAAGCAAGACAAGUCCGGCCCCAUCACCGAACACGAGCGAGCUUGGCUCACCCGUGAAUGCAUCCUCCGCUACCUCCGCGCCACCAACUGGACCGUCAAGGAAUCCGAGCAGCGCCUCCUCGACACCCUCGCCUGGAGAAGGGAGUACGGCAUCGACGACUUCACCCCCGAGUACAUCUCGCCGGAGCAGGAGACAGGCAAGCAAAUCAUCGUCGGGUUCGACAAGCAGGGCCGGCCGUGCCAGUACCUGAACCCGGGGCGGCAAAACACCGACUCCAGCCCCCGACAGAUUCACCACCUGUUCUACAUGGUGGAGCGUGUGACGGACAUGAUGCCCGCGGGCGUGGAAAAGCUCAACCUGAUGAUUAACUUUAAGCCCAGCAAGCAGAGGCAGAAUACCAGUGUGCCGGUAUCAACGGCGAGAGAGGUGCUGCACAUUCUGCAGAGUCACUACCCGGAGCGGUUGGGCAAAGCACUCAUCAUCAAUGUCCCCUGGAUCGUGUGGGGUUUCUUUAAGAUCAUCAAACCCUUCAUGCACCCCGUCACCAGGGAAAAACUCAAGUUCAACGAAGACAUGACGCAGUUUGUGCCGUCGUCCCAGCUCUGGAGCUCAGACUGGAACGGCGAUAUGGACUUUGACUAUGACCACUCCAUCUACUGGCCUGCGUUGAACGACAUGUGCCGGAGGAGGCGGGACGAGAAGAUGGCUCGGUGGAAGGCCGCGGGGAGUCAGAUUGGCGAGUCGGAGGAUUAUCUUGCGGGUGGGACGGACGUCAGCGUCACUGGGUUCAAGUAUCUUGGGCCGGAGGCUGAUGGGCAUGGAAGCGAGGUGGAUGUUGUGCAGGAGAAGUUGGCUGGUACAACCUUGGAGAAUGGGGAGCAAGGAGUCGCUGCUUAA